AUGGGCCCCUCUGCCACCGCCCUGGCGCUCAGCCUGGCGCUGCUCCUCGCCUGCCCUACCCACGGUGAGGAGCUGGCCGAGCCCCGUUCCGUGCGCAUCACCACGGAGAUGGGCUGGCCCCUGCUGCGCUGGAAGCCGGGGCGCGGCUGCCCCAGUGACGCCCGCUACAACGUGGAGUACGUCGUCUAUGGCAUAGGCAUGAACUGGACAGCCAUCCCGGAGUGCUGGAACACCACGGAGCACUCCUGCAACCUCACCCACUACACCCUGCACCCGGGGCAGCGCCACCAUGCUCGGGUCAGGGCCGUGGCCGGGAACCUCACGUCCUCCUGGAAAAAGACUGGAGGCUUCUACCCAGAGCAAGCUGGCCUGCGCCUGGCGGGGCAGAGCCUCUCCGUGAUGGGCAACUCCAUCCAGGUGCAGCUGCGGCUGCUGCUCCGCCCCGGGACCAGCCCCGAGUACAGCGACUUGCAGAGGGAAAUGAGCCGCUACCACGUGCACCUCCGGAGGACACGGGACAACCACACGAUCACGGUGGUGAAGAACAGCACGGAGUUCACCAUCAGGGAGCUGUUCUGGCUCACAGAGUACUGCCUGAGCGUGGAGCCCAGCCUGGCCAACAUGCCCAUCCCCAGCAGGCGCUCUGCUGAGCAGUGUGUCACCACCGGCCCCAGGGACAGGAGUGCAGAGCUCCUCCCGACCAUCCUCAGCUCCUUCUUCAUCACCCUGUCCUUGCUGGGGCUCCUGGGGGCUCUGCUGGCAUGUACCUACAUCAGGAGACCUGUGAGGACACCGUCUGCCCUGAAGUCCUUCAUGAAGCAGAGCUCGCUCUGGGUGGAGCACGAGCCCCCAUCCUCGGGCAGCCUGGAUGCAGACCCCAUCCAGCAGCUCUUCCUGUGCCAGAAGGAGCCCCAGCUGGGCAGCAGCCCUGGCAGCAGCACCAGCGCAGCCCAGCAGCCCCUGGAGCAGGGCUGGAAGCUCCCAGCAUGGCCCAAGGACCAGCUGGGACCCACGGGGAGCAGAGACAGCAGCGGCACCAGCAUCGACAGCGGCAUCUGCCUGCGCAUCCCCUCCUCCUCCUCUUCUUCCUCCUCCUCCUCCCUGAGCUGCUCCGUGGGCCCCAAGCCCCAGGGCUACAGGCAGCAGCUGCCCAGGGCUGAGGACAGUGGGGUGGGCUUGGAGAGCCCCUGCCCUGCUGCUGGCUGCUCCUCUGGCAGUGCAAACACCAGCCCAGGGCUGUCCCCUGCCACCAGCCAGGCUGGAGUGGAGUUCCGGGGGUACCUGCAGCAGUCCAAGGGCACCGUGGAGCCAGAGAGGAGCCCGGGGCAGGGAGAGCCCGUCCUGGGCUGUGCAGGGUCCCUGCAGAGCCUGGGCAGCACCGACAUCAUGCUGGACAUGGAGUGCUCCGAGCUGGCUGUGGCCAAGGGGUAUUUGAAGCAGUCCAACCCCGAGCAUCCCCUCACACAGCACCUCUCUCCCCGGGGAGCUCCUGCCUGCAGCUUCUCCAGCCAGGUGGGACCCCAAGUGCCCACCCUGCUGAGCUGGGCAGCCCCAGGUGCUCCACUGACCUCCAAAGCCAGCCCUGAUCCGAAAACUCCCUUCGACCUGCACAUCUUCAACAACACUGCCUUCCCUGGGGUGCUGCCACUGAUCCCCAGCCUCAGCUCCAGCUGGAUCCCACUGCCCACCCAGCCCCUGGGCCAGCUCAGGGGGGACAGCAAGGACAGCCGCCUGUGACCCGUGCCCUGGGGCCACCAGCCUGUGCUCCGACCCAACUACCUCGUCUGCCUCUGGAUAAGCUACUCCUGACCCUGGAUGUCCACGGUGCCAGCCCAGCCGUGGGCCAGCAGCACCAGCUCAGCCCCUGGUGGGGCUGCUUUGCCCCAGCCCUGCUGUGGGCAGCCCCCAGGGCACC